AUGGCGCUGACGAUGACGCCCGUCGCGAGCGCGGGGCUGAAUAAGAGCGGGAACAACGACGCGUACGCGGAGAUGAUGCGGCAGAUGGAGGAGGACAGGAAGCGAGACGCCGAGAGCGCGCCGGCGCUGAGCGCGGAAUCGUUGUUCAAGCAAGGCGGCGGUGCGUGCGGCGAGGGAUACGAGCUGAAGGUCGUGAAGGUGCUCGGGGCGUCGUGCGUGUGCGCGAGCGAUUCGUGCGCGGAAGACGAUUCGAGAAAGGAACGAAGCGAGUACGAGCGGUCGUUCGGCAAGGACAAGAGCGCGGAGGCCGACGCGCCGGUGGGCGAUUCUGGAAUCAAGUUUACGUUUGCGACCGACUGA